AUGGCGGCAGAAUCUCUCGAUUCAGAAACAUGGCUUAGUGAUACCAUCGAGACCGGUUCCAUAACAUUUGAAAACUAUUCAGUACCUUUUCGUAAAGACAGAGUCGGUGAUUCUCAUGGAGGAGUAUUAGUUUACGUCAAGACUCACAUUCCUGCAAUACGAAGAUAUGAUUUAGAAGUACAUGGAAUUGAAUGCAUUUGGAUUGAAUUAAGAGUGUCCAACAAAAAGUUACUUUUUGGGACAUUCUAUCGCCCUCCUAAUUCAUUACCAAUAGUUCUUACUAAUAUAGAAAAUUCAAUUGGAUUAGCCUACGAUACUGAAUCCUCAAACUCACUUAUAGAUCUCUUCCUUCUUUCGUCAGCAUGUAAAAUAGCUAUCUGUGGUGUUGGGGAACCUUUCCUUGAUCAAAAUGUUCGUUACCAUUGCCCUAUCUUCUGCUGUCUUAAUCACAUAAAACCAAAGACUGUGAGUUUCAAAAGAACUGUAUGGCAAUUUGAUACUGCUGAUUAUGACGGUUUGCGGCGGGAAGCUUCUCAAGUAGACUGGGACUCACUUUUUCACAAUGACAUUGACACAUACACUGAAAAUAUAAUAGAGAAAAUUAGACACAUUUCACAACAGUUUAUACCACACAAACAAAUAACAGUUCGCCAGAAGGACCCACCAUGGAUGCAUAAUGAAAUUCGAAAGCAUAUUAGGAAAAGAAAACGUAUGUAUGAUGGAGCUAAAAUUACACAGAAUCAAGAACACUGGAAACAGUACAAACAGAUACGUAACAAAACUGUAGAUCUGAUUAGAAAUGCCAAAACAAACAUGUCUAUUAAACUCUGUGACAAAUUGAAAUCCCAGCAACUAUCACCCACCGAUUACUGGAAAACACUCAAACAAUUUAUCAAAUCAAGUUCAGAUAACUCUCAAAUACCAGUCCUUAAACAGAAUGACAUAUACUAUACUGACAAUGUUGAUAAAGCUAAUUUACUCAACACGUACUUUCAAGCACAAACUAUAACUGAUGACAGUAACAAACAACUUCUAUCAAUACAUACUAAUCAAACUGCGCCACUUUUAGAUUCUAUCUCAAUCACCCAAGAGGAGGUUGCCAUCACACUUCAAUCACUUACAUUAGGAAAAGCUGCUGGUCCGGAUAAUAUUAACAACAGAGUCCUUAAAGAAUUAUCUCAAGAAUUAGCCAAGCCCCUGUGUGACCUAUUCAACUACUCACUAUCGAUUGGCAAAGUUCCGACAGAGUGGAAGUUAGCGAAUGUAUGUGCUAUUUUUAAAAAGAAUGAUCCCAAGGAAGUCUCAGAUUACAGACCAAUAUCAUUACUUAGUACAAUUAGCAAAGUGAUGGAGAAAAUCAUCCACAAGCAUGUAUUCAACUUUUUUGUUUCUAAUAAUGCUAUAACUUCUUUAUAA